ACUUUCCAACAGUACUGCUUCAUAAUUGCCGACUCCACUGCAAAAAUUCCGGAUAACAUGAUUACUUUUGACCAAGCGGCUUCUGUGCAGGUUGGCAUAAUCCCAUUCGUUGUUGCCUUGUAUGCGCAGCAGCCUGAACUGGCUCAUCUUGCGCCAUGGCUAUGUGCGUGCAAACUUAAUCUUGUCCCUUGCCUAAUAUUUACAAUGUUCAUAUCCAUACAGCUUGUUAAGCUCUUUGAACUCUCUCCGAUCAUCACUACAGCUUCUUUCCACAACACUGGAUUUCUUUCCUCGCGCAGCGCUACUCGUGUGCUCGAUCGUAAUCUCUCGACUACUGCGUUAAAAAACGCAAUUGCUAAGGUCACAUCAACUCUUAUCACUUUGGCAUUUGGUGCCAUCUCUCUUCCUGACACGCUAAACCGCUCAUGA